UCUUGCCAAAGCCAGUCUUUUUUGCCCUCGCGCGUCCCAAUCUGCGAAGAAUUCUGUCGCAAAGUGCAAUGCAUUUUCGCCAUUCCGCAAGUGCAGCUGCUCCCCCAGCUCGCGGUAUCACAAUUAAAAAUCGAGCGGAGUGAAGUCGCAAAUUGUUAUCACCACACGUCAGAAAAAGUCGCGAAUAAACCCAGCCCCUCGCAAAAGGGUCGAAAUUGGUCAAGUGUCAAUACAUUCGGGCCGUAAUAAACGUGUUUUUUGGUGCGUUCAUACAUAAAUUGUUUUGUGAUCGCGAUCAGCUGAGUGCGAGCUAAGUGAAUGCAAGUGAAUAAAAAAAUAAAAAUUAACCAAUUAUACCUAGAAGUAAAAAAGGGAAUUUCCAGAUGGCUUAGUGGAGAGUGAAUGUCAAAUGGUUAAACAGAAGCUAAAUACCCCAAAAGUGAAUAAAACAAUAGGGUUGUAAGCAAAACAAUUAGAGUCGAAAUCAAAUAACGGAGAAUUAGAUUUUCUGAAUGCCUCCAAGUGGAAUCAAAUAGGCAAACCGCUUCAGUGGACCGACCGCCAAUCGAAGGUGCUUAAAUGAUUAUGCAUGGUACCUGGUACAAGGGACCUCAGUUGGCGCACCAUCCUCACUCGAAUCCGCACAACAGCUCGCACGGGCACAGUGACUACCACCAGUUCCGAUCGUACCCCUCGUUCGUUGUGACCCCCUACCACGAUGGCCAUGUCCAGGGCCCGGCCACGCCCUCUCCCUGCCCGGCCCCACCGACGCCCUGCAACGGUCCACUUCCACUUCAAGUUCCAGUUUCAGUAUCAGUUUCGGUUCCCGUCUGCCAGACCGGCGGCCAGGGAUCGCCAGUAAUCGUCGAGGGGUCCUUUGCCGCUGCCGCCGCCGCAGCCGCCGCUGCUGCUGCCGCCGCCUCCGUUGCCGUCGGAGGAUCCAGCGGCACGCCCCUGCUGCCCAGUCCGCCCAUCAAGAUCGAGCAGGUCUUCGGCGAGCCCUCCUCGCUGGGAUCCGUCGUCGAGGACUACUCGCUGGGCCUCGACUGUCCCGUCGAGCACACGUUUCGGAAGCCGCACAGCAACAACGGCUACUCCUGGUCGACCGGCAACAACCACGAGGUUGUCGGCAAUAACAACAGCCACCCAACAACGCCGCCCACUCCGCCCAACGAGGCGAGCGUCACCCAAGCGACUCCAGUGUCCGCAAUUAAUUUGAAUCAAGCCCAACCCGCAUCACAGACGCGUCCAAACUUUGGCAGCUCCGUAAAGUCACCACCAUCAGAACCGGACGCGGUCAGCGCCGCCACGUGCAAAAGUCAGGAGAACACCUCCAGCCAGAACCAUAACCCCAGUUCCAAUCCCAAUCCCAACCAGAACCCCAACUCCAACUCCAACCCCAAUCUCGAUCCCCAUCCGACGCAAGUCCCCAGUUCGAGCUCCAAUUCAACGGCCGCUGCCGUGGCUGCCGCUGCCGCUGCCGCCGCCGCUGCCAACAUGCCGAUCGGGGGCGUCCAGGGCCAGAAUCCCACCCAGGGCCUGGUCCACUGGAUGAGCGCCGUGAUGGCCGAGCACAUGACCGGCCAGACGCACCACGAUCCCGGCGCCGUGGGCAUGCACUACAUGUGGAACGGCAACGUUGAUCACGCCAAAGACAUAAGCGAUUACAAUCUUUGGCCGCCAACGCCGCGCAGUCAUCAGCAUGCCAGCGAGCAUCAUCCGAUGUCCCUGAAGCAGGAGUACGAGGCCAAAAUGAACGAUCACCACCACAACAAUCUGCAGAAAGGUCACUUUCUGGAUGACAAUCGUCUGGAUCAUCAUGCGGUUGCGGGACAAGGUGGUCUGGGUCUGGGUGCAUCCAACGGAGUCGGCGGCGGGGGAGUCGGCGGUGCCUCGGUGGGUGGCAACUCCACCCUCGGCGCCAGCUCGCAUCACGUUGCCGCGGCGGCCCACCAUCACAACCAGGCGGUGGCAGCUGCCUCGGCGGCCGCCUUGCUGGUGGUGCCCCAGCCGAUCAAUGCCACCAAAAUGGGCGGACCCGGCGGAGUCGCCUCGGUGACCGGAGGACAUGCCGCGGGCGGAGGGAGCGGACGCAAGUAUCAAUGCAAAAUGUGCCCCCAGAUCUUCAGCUCGAAGGCGGACCUGCAGCUGCACACGCAGAUCCACAUGCGGGAGGCGAAGCCGUACAAGUGCACCCAGUGCUCGAAGGCGUUCGCCAACUCGUCGUAUCUGUCGCAGCACACGCGCAUCCACCUCGGGAUCAAGCCGUACCGCUGCGAGAUCUGCCAGCGGAAGUUCACGCAGCUCUCGCACCUGCAGCAGCACAUCCGGACGCACACGGGCGACAAGCCGUAUAAGUGCCGGCAUCCCGGCUGCCAGAAGGCCUUCUCGCAGCUCUCCAAUCUGCAGUCGCACUCGCGUUGCCACCAGACGGACAAGCCGUUCAAGUGCAACUCCUGCUACAAGUGCUUCUCGGACGAGCCGUCGCUGCUGGAGCACAUUCCCAAGCACAAGGAGUCGAAGCACCUGAAGACGCACAUCUGCCAGUACUGCGGCAAGUCCUAUACCCAGGAGACCUACCUGACCAAGCACAUGCAGAAGCACGCCGAGCGGACGGACAAGCGACCGCCCAUCGCUCCCGGCAGUGCGGCGGCCAUUGCAGCGGCAGCCGCUGCUGCCGGCGGAGCGGCCAAUCCCGCCAACGGACCGCCGCCGUCCUCCAAUCCCGCCCAGCACCAGCGCAGCAACCUGGGCCUGCCCCCCGUCUCGAUCGCCCCCAGCGACAACGGCUACUGGCCAAAGGUGAGUCCGGACUCGGCCGCCGCCGCCAACGCCAUGGAGGUGAUGCACCAGCAGCAGCAGCAGCAACAACAGCAGCAGCAGCAACAGCAGCAGGCGCACCACCACCAUCCGCAGCACGGAGUCCCGCCGCAGCAACACGUCCCGCCCCAGCAGCAGCAGCAGCAGCAGCAACAGCAGCAGCAGCAGCAGCAGCACCACCACCCGCAGCAGCAGCCGCCGCCGCAGCACGGAGGCAUGGAGGCCCACUACGCGCAGCCGACGGCGCCGAACAGCGCCCAGAGCAACGGACACGGACCGGAGCUCCAGCCCCACCACCGCAUGCCCGAUCCCGUGCGGGAAGAUAUAGUUUCAACCCCCAGUGCCGUGGGCCCGUACGAUGCGGCAUCGAUAACGAAGACCACCAGCAACUCGGCGUUCACGCCGAUCAACUCGAUGCCGCCGCACCUGAACUCGCUGAGCCACCACCCGAUGGCCCAGCGGCCGUAUCUCUACGAUGCCAUCAGCUUCCCGAACAAGAACGUGAACCAGAACAACGCGAACGCGUUCCCCAACCAGCUGAUCUCGCUGCACCAGAUCCGCAACUACGCCCACCAGCCGGCGGGUCUGAUGGCGGGGGAGCAUCUGCUGGGCGUGAGCGUGGGUCCUGGCAAGGACAAGGGAUAGCUGGGGGCAUACUUCUAAGUUGGGCCGGACCCACCCGUUAUUUAUCCCGGCAGAGACGAGGCGUGCAUUCCUGUACAGUAUUAAUUUGUAGUUAGUCGUAGCGCGUAACGGACACUUGUAAUUUUGGUAGAUCUUAUUUCUGUUAAGUUAGGGGAGCUCUCGCUCCCUCGAUAAGCAAACUGUAAAUGGCCAACGAUACGUACUCUAAUUUUACCAACACCGUCCAAACCUAAGUUUACACGAUGUCUUCGAACACGAACACCGGAAUCACGGGUUCUUAAUAAAAAGAAUGCCUGCGUUGCACUUGUAUACUAAUUCUGUCCAGCAAAAGUUUCCCUGUCAAGUGAUUAGUUUUCCUGGACCUCGUCUAUUGCCGCCUGUAAAUAUAUACUUGAAAGUGAAUUUAUUUUCGACGCACAAACGGAUCUCGCAGUCUUGAAUCAAGAAGAAUGAAGUGAAUAGCUGCAAACUAAGCCGAUAUAUGUACAUAGAUAUUUACAUCAACCUAAAGGAACUUGCCGGCAAACGUAAUUUACAUUUAAAUACAAAUCUUCAUAUAUAUUUGUUUAGGUGUAUCGUAUUUAAUACAGACAUUUCUGUGAGAGUCCUCUCGAGAAAAAAACACAAGAAUUAAGAAUUAACAAGAAAUCAAACGUGUUUACAACUAUAGAUGGAACUAUGCGAUAGAUGAAAACUAUUUUGAAAGAACCUUUUCUAAGUAUAUGUUGGCAGCUGCAAAAACGAAGGAAAAAACAGAACCGAACAGAGAUGUUGUAUUACUUUUUGGAAAGACUGAAGUGAUCAAAAUUAAUAAACCAGAAGAGUAAAACGGAAAAAUGAAAAAUGAGAAAACAAACAUUUUAAAAAGCGUUUUUACCGCAGUUACUAAGCAAACUGAAUGUGUCCUAUAAAAUUUCGUACUAAAUGGCAGAAACUAAACCUAAACGUAAAUACGAGUAUAACAACAUCAAAUGUAAUGUAUUAUUAAAUAAAGUAAUUUUAAUCUAAACCUAAACUAAAUUUAAACUAACCCAUAGCUAGUGUUUAACUCCAGAAUGCAAUCUCAAUGUAAAGACAAAACCCAAAAUGAACACAAAACAAAAUACCUACAGUUAAGUGAAUAGCAAAAUGAACUCGGAACCACACACACACACACACACCCACAUACCAGCAUUAAAUAGAAACAUUUGGGGUAUUCAGAUAGCUGAGCUAAAUGAUUAUUUGUUUUACCGUCUAACGAUUACAGCAGAUUACAGCACUAAUUCAAUGGCUAAGAUAUGCGAAAACAAAGAAUAGUUCCCGGGAUCGGGAACUUCGAUCGCUGAACAGCGUGGAUGCUCGCCGAUAUCCACCGGAAUAUGCAUACAUACUUAAAUAGUUGUCAAUAGUAGAUGUGUGUUCCUCAGUUGAUGUAAAUUGAUUUUCGAUUAACCACGAACUCAACCCGUAAUAAAGUGAAUUAAAUGUUCCCCUU